AUGGCGUCGCGGGCCAGCGGGGCCGAGGACGCGUGGGCGACCACCGCCGCCCCGGCCGCCCGCGGGCUUCUGCCAGGCGCCUCAGGGCUCUGGCAUUCGGGCUCGGCCAGCCGGCGCGGGCGACGCGGGGGCUGGGGACGGGGGCGAGACGGGCGGCGCGACCCUGAGGCGCCGAGCGGGGCCGACGGCGGCGUCGCCGGACUCACCUCCCGCGGCGGCCCCUCCGGACUCGUCGGCCCGGCCCGGCCGGAGGAGGCGGGGACGGACUCCGGGCCGCGGGGGCUGCCGGGAGCCCGUUCCCCGGGCAACCGGGCCGACACCGCUGAGCGACGGCCGGGGGCUAGAUUGGCGCAGCCACAAGUGGCGGCCGGCCAGCCGGGCGGCGCGGAAGAGACGCCAGCGCGCUUCCGGCGGGCGUGGGCGGGGCCUCGGGCUCCUUCCCGGGAUAUCGGCGGACGCAUGGCAGCAAACCCUCUUGGAAGCACAACGCCCAGAAAACCUGUCUUAUCUGUCAGCGCAAGAAAAAUUAAGGACAAUGCAGCUGAUUGGCAUAAUUUAAUCUUGAAAUGGGAAGCCCUCAACGACACAGGUUUUGCUACUGCAAAUAAUAUUGCCAACCUGAAAACCAGGUUAUGGAGUGAAGAUGCGGCCGAGUUACAGAGCAGCCCGGCUUCCGGGGAAGAUGCGGACAAGACGCUUCCGGAAUACAGCAAGGAGCUAGAGACGUUGUGUGAGGAGCUGCAGACCACCUUUGAUGCUUUGGCCAAAAUACAGAUGAAAAUGGAAAAGCUGUCCUCGACCACCAAGGGGGUUUGUGAGCUGGAGAACUACCAUUGUGGGGACGGGAGGCAUCGGCCACCCCUAUUUCACACGUGGCCCACAGCCCGUUUCUAUGAGGUUUCCCGCCAGCUGUCGGACAUGUACCAGAAGGAGCUUCUUCUGAAACGCACGGUCAUUGAAGAGCUAGCGCACACCACAGACCACGACCUCACCCUGAGCUACUUGUCAAUGUGGCUGCACCAGCCCUUCGUGGAGACCAACAGCAAGCUGCUUCUGGAAAGCAUGCUGCUCGAAACAGGGCACCGGGCCCUGUGACCUCCCAGCACAGCCUGAAUCUGAGCCCCCAGGCUCCCGACCACUGGCUGCUUCUGUGGCGCCCAUGGUGGACAGUCUUUCACGUAAGACCCAGAGCUGUGGUGUGGCCACCCUCCGACCUUAGUGUCUUCCAGACUGGAUCAGUUCAGCAGCUCCCUGUGGCCUGCCCAGACGCCAUGCUGCUGGGAGCCAUCCGCCACACGGCGUCAUCUGCACCUAUUGUGAACCUGUCACCCAAGGGGACUUCUACAUGAAAUAAAGGAGUUCCUCACCAGAA